AUGCCUCUGGUUCAGCUUUCUCCUCAUUCACUCAUUAGUCUCCCUAGGCAUCCCGAUCUGGUGCCAUGUCGCCCAGUGUCGUCCAUCCAGGAGCAAAUCCGUGACGUUCUUCAAGAGGCACAUGAGAUCCUGGCCAGUCUCCCCUCCGAGCUCAAGGCUGAAACCAAACUUCGCAAGUCUUUUCCUUCUGAUGCAAAGGUCCAGCUGAGCCAGGGCUGGAGAACUCCAUUGCGCAGCGAGCCCAACGCGCAGAAGGAGUACUGGGUCUGCCGCGAGAGCGAACAUGUUGACUCCAACUGCGGAAAUGGUUCCGCUACCUGGCAGGAAUUCCAGAAUGGCUUGCACCAUGACCAUGCGCGCAAUGAGCAGGAGUAUACUCCUACGGUGACUCGCGUCGUGAAUCUCUUCGACUGGACCAAUGGCGAGGAAGAGCAUCUCGGCCAACCCUUUGAGAUUGGCGACACGCGCUACAGCCACUUUGACGCUAAGUUGAAUCUGAUUGUUCACCACUUUAAGCCGGAUGGCUUGAUCCAGCCUCGUGCAUUCGUGUCGCUCACCAUCUCAGCAGCUACUAUGAGCCUCGCUGCGCGCGACCCUCAGAACCCAGAGACACGCCAGGCCACUGAAGGCUUUGUUACCGUUCAGGUUCCCUACCAGAAAUUCAACGAUAAUUUCCCCAGUGAUAAGUUCAUCACUCUUUACGCCAAGAUCGAUUGCAACGUCCCGCAUGGCGUGAUUUUCGGCAACUACGCCAGUGUGGAGCGCGUCGAGCUGCUCGUUUUGCCUCGUGACCGAUCUGGCUCUGUCGUGUCUACUUCGGCCUCUACUGCAGGUGAUAAUAUUGGUCAGACGAAGACUCUAUCUUCGAUUUCGACCUCUGCUCCUGUUUCGACCGACCGACGCGUUAAGUGGACGAUGGCUACAACCUCGGAUGCGGCGGGCGAUAUUCCUGGCUGGGUGCAGCGUAGCUGGAUCCUCGGCGGCGUGCCCAAGGCCGUUGUUGCCGAUGUUGGGCUGUUCAUCGGAUGGGUUGCCCAGCGUCGAGGCCGGCUGGUCUCCCGACGUGAGGAGGGUGAGGCCUAG